AUGAAGCUACUGAAAUUCUUGUUAUUCGCCAUUCUUGUGGUGGCAGUAAUUGCUGAGGAUACCACACCAGCUGAUGGCACUCCUCCUGCUGAUGGUACCCCUCCUGCUGAUGGUACUCCUCCUGCUGAUGGUACUCCUCCUGCCGAUGGUACUCCUCCUGCCGAUGGUACUCCUCCCGCCGAUGGAACUCCACCCGCCGAUGGUACUCCUCCAGCUGAUGGUACUCCUCCUACUGAUGGUACUCCUCCUGCUGAUGGUACUCCUCCUGCUGAUGGAACUCCGCCAGCUGAGAGUACUCCACCUGCUGAUGGUACUCCUCCUGCUGAUGGUACUCCACCAGCUGAUGGAACUCCUCCUGCUGGCGGUAAUACUCCACCUGCUGGAGCAACAACAAAGAAACCAGCAACCCCUAAUAAGAAACCUCCCGCUAAAAAGCCAGCAAAGAAACCAGCUAAGAAGCCUGUUAAAAAGCCUGCCAAUAAAAAACCCGCUAAUAAGAAACCCGCUAAUAAGAAACCCGCUAAUAAGAAACCAGCUAAUAAAAAACCCGCUAAUAAGAAACCGGCCAAUAAAAAGAAACCCAAGGCCAAUAAUUCCAUUGCAGCUAGAAACCAAAACAUGCAAGUGGUAAUUGCUGAGGUUACUCCACCGGCUGAUGGGACUCCACCGGCUGAUGGUACUCCUCCUGCCGAUGGUACUCCUCCUGCUGAUGGUACUCCUCCCGCUGAUGGUACUCCUCCUGCCGAUGGUACUCCUCCUGCAGAUGGCACGCCUCCCGCCGACGGCACUCCUCCCGCCGACGGCACUCCUCCCGCCGAUGGUACGCCUCCUGCUGAUGGUACGCCUCCUGCUGAUGGUACUCCUCCUGCCGGUGGUACUCCACCUGCCGAUGGCACUCCUCCUGCCGAUGGUACUCCUCCUGCUGGUGGUACUCCUCCCGCUGGUGGCACUCCUCCCGCUGGUAAUACCCCAACUACAAAGAAACCUGCAACACCCAAUAAGAAACCUCCAGCAAAGAAACCAACAAAGAAGCCAGCUAAAAAGCCAGCCAAGAAACCCGCAAAGAAACCAGCAAAGAAACCAGCAAAUAAGCCUGCAAAGAAACCAGUUAAAAAGCCUGCUAAAAAGAAUACCGUCAGAGUUGGAAACAAAAAUAUACAAUCGGCCAAUACAAAUGGUCCUGUUAAGCAAAAUAAUAUAGCCAG